AAGGAUCAGAUAAGAAGAAACGUCAAGAUAACGAAGGUGACAGUGAAGGAUCAGAAGAAGGAUCAGAUAAGAAGAAACGUCAAGAUAACGAAGGUGACAGUGAAGGAUCAGAAGAAGGAUCAGAAGAAGGAUCAGAUAAGAAGAAACGUCAAGAUAACGAAGGUGACAGUGAAGGAUCAGAAGAAGGAUUAGAUAAGAAGAAACGUCAAGAUAACGAAGGUGACGAUGAAAAUGGAUCAGAAGAAUGA